AAGUCCUAGAUAUCGAGGUCAAGGACAAUCGAACUGAAACUAAAAAUGACUAAAAAUAUUGAAGUGUUGCCUCAGAUAUAAAAUGUCUCACAUAAUCAUCAGAGGCCGCUUUGGACCAUUGUGUGACGAGUGUGUAAAGAUAGCUACCAGAAGAAUUGCACUAAAACAGUCAAAGUCUGUAGCAGUUUUCAGUCGUUUAAAUUCGACAUUUCCUUACAAUCCAACACACAUUAGGAGUAAAGCAUAUAAGAAUGACAAUCUAGGACAAUUCAGAUAUGGUGGUGGUAGUCAAAUUUCUAAAACAUUCUUACCACAAAUUCGUUUUGUUCAUAAUGUGAUACCUAGACCAUUAAAAACAUUAAAUAUAACUGGAGCACCUGUUAUUGUGUUAAAUCAUAGACAAAUUGGAAUAUUAGCUAGGACUGUGGGUAGAGUUCUGAAGAUCAGAUAUUUUAUACUCGGUACUGUAGCUGGCGGUGGAGUGGUAUUGAACCAGAAAUACGAAGAAUUGAAGCAGUAUAUUCCAGAUAUAGAAUGGAUGAAAGAUUAUCUGCCAGAGUCAGAAACAUUGGAUCAUGUCAAAAAUAAUGUCCUACGAACAUUAAGGAGUAUUCAUCUUCCAGAAAAGGGGUGGUUUACAAGUCACCUACCAGAUCUAAAAGGUUAUAAGGAUUUACUCAGUAAAAGUUCCCUAGCAGUCACAAGUUCAAGUGGUGCUUUGCUUCAUCCAUCUCAAGAUCUCACAGAUUUAGAUAUUAGGCGAUCUGUACCCAUAAUAGGAUUUGGAAGAUCUUCUGAUGAUGAAAGUGCUAAAAAGAAUCCAGAAAAAGAAAAAAUUGAAGAAAUACAAGAAGAGAUGAUGAAUAUACAGAUGAGAUAUCAAAAAGAGGUUGAAAGACUAGAAUCUGAGAAUAAAGACCUAAGGAAACAAUUGUUAAUGAGGGAAGAAAAAACAGGAAAGAAAGUCAAUUGGAGGAAAUCCUUGAUAGAUAUGUACUCUGAUGUAUUAGAUGAACUAUCAGGAUAUGACUCAACAUACAAUACACAGGAUUACUUACCUAGGGUUGUAGUUGUAGGAGAUCAGAGUUCUGGGAAAACAAGUACUUUAGAAAUGAUAGCUGGUGCUAGGAUAUUUCCCAGAGGAUCAGGAGAAAUGAUGACACGAUCUCCAGUUAAAGUUACAUUAAGUGAAGGACCAUAUCAUGUGGCAGGUUUUAAAGACAUGAGCAGAGAAUUUGAUCUUACUAAAGAGACAGAUUUAGCAGAUUUACGCAGUGAAGUAGAAAUGAGAAUGAAAAAAAGUGUUCGGGAAGGACAGACUGUCAGCAAGGAAUGUAUAUCAAUGACAGUGAAAGGUCCAGGUAUACAGAGAAUGGUACUGGUAGACUUACCUGGAAUUAUCUCUACUGAGACUUCUGUUAUGGCAAAAGACACAAGAGAAGAUAUAAAAGACAUGGUCAGGACAUAUAUGGAAAAUCCUAAUGCCAUCAUUCUAUGUAUACAAGAUGGGUCUUUAGAUGCAGAGAGAAGUAAUGUUACGGACAUUGUUAGAGAGACAGAUCCACAAGGAAAACGUACAAUAUUUGUUCUUACCAAGGCUGACAUGGUUGAAAAUAACUUAGUAAAGCCAGAAAGGAUUAAACAAAUACUGGCAGGACAAUUGUUCCCUAUGAAUGCAUUGGCUUAUUUUGCAGUAGUUACUGGAAAAGGAAACAGUAAUGACAGUAUACAGACUAUAAAGGAAUACGAGAAACAGUUCUUCCAAAAAUCUAAAUUAUUCAAAGAUGGUGUGCUUAAACCAAGUACGACAAAUACACAAAACCUUAGUAUGUCUGUGUCAGAGUUAUUCUGGAAAAUGGUCAAGGAGACUGUUGAACAGCAAGCUGAUGCUUUUAAAGCUCAAAGAUUUAAUUUAGAAACAGAAUGGAAGAAUACAUUCCCUAGGUUACGGGAAUUAGAUAGGAUGGAGCUAUUUGAAAAAGCUAAAGGGGAGAUUUUAGAUGAAAUAAUCAACUUAAGUCAAGUUACAGCUAAAGAAUGGGAGGAUGCAUUUUCUAAGAAGAUUUGGGAUAAGAAUGCACCCUACAUAUUUGAGAAUAUUUAUCUACCUGCUGCACAGGCACAAAACUUAGGAGAAUUAAAUACCAAUAUUGAUGUAAAAUUAGCAAAAUGGGCAUCUAAUGUACUACCCAAGAAAUGUGUUGAGGUUGGAUGGGAUACCCUCCAUGACGAGUUCCAGAGGAUUGUUGAAGAAGACAAGAAGCGUAAAGAUCAUGAUGAAAUAUUUGACCAGUUGAAGGUGGCAGUGGUAGCUACCAGUAAAGCAAAACAUCAAUGGGAGAGCAAAGCUGAGGAUAGUUUGAGAGUUAUGCAGAAGAAUACAUUAGAUGAUAAAACAAUACCAGACAAACAACAUUGGGAUAUGGCUGUCAAAUUUAUGGAGGAAACUCUCAGAGAAAAAUUACAACAGACUGAAAGUAAAUUGAAAGAGUUGACAGGACCAAGCACGAGUGAACAAUGGUUAAGUUGGCAGUAUAAAACAGAACAACAUAAACAGAGAGAUCAAGCUAAGUCUGAACUGGAUAAAAUUCUUAGUAGAGAACCUAGUCACAAGUCACAACUUGCAGCAGAUGAACUCACAACAGUCAAAAAAAAUUUGCACUCACAAGGUGUAGAAGUUGACCAGGAAUUCAUUAAAGAAACAUGGCACCAUGUAUACAGGCAACAUUUUGUAAAGAAGUCAUUGUCACAGGCUCAAGAAUGUAGAAAAGGCUUUUAUUAUUACAAAGAAGGAUUCUCAGAUUCUGGAUUGGAUUGUAGUGAUGUUGUAUUAUUUUGGAGAUUACAUAGGAUGUUACAAGUAACAAGCAAUGCUUUAAGACAACAGGUUGUAAAUAAUGAAGCUAGAAGAUUGGAACGAAUAAUUAAAGAAGUAUUAGAAGAAUAUAGUGAAAAUAAAAACACUUUAAAGACAUUGUUAACUGGAAGGAGAGUUACACUUGCUGAAGAAUUAAAAACAGUCAGACAGAUUCAAGACAAGUUAGAAGAAUUCAUUCAAGCUCUAAAUAAAGAAAAAUAAAACCAUAAGAAAACAUUAAAAUAUCUGUGAUCAUAUAACUGGUAUAACUAGCCCAUGCUGUUGAUAUAACAACUGGAAUAAAUGUGAAGUUUGUUUGAUUUUCCACCAAUGGAUGCAUGAUAUUUACUUACCAGAUAAAUUUUGGUAUCAAUUUUAAUGUGUGAUCAUAUUAU